UUGAAUGAAAUCGAUCGUAAAUGAGAUCUACAGGCCAAGGCAAAUCUCAAGCCUAAUCACCCCACAUUUCCGGGGAUAAAGAAGGGCGAGAUAUCUCAAUCCAAGUACCAAGAUCAAUAUGGCACGCGAGAGGGUCCUUACGAGAGAUAGGGGGGAUCCACGGGUUGAAAGGAGCGAAAAGCAGCUUGACCCUUGCUUCUAGUAUUUAUGAUAGGGUUUACUUGUACUUACCUGAUUAGCGAGAUUAGCUAGACGCCACUUGGCCGACAAGCCUUUAGGAUUGAUAGCCUAUGAAAGGAGAUCAGAGGCUAGCCCCAUGGACGAGGUCAAGGCCGGUCAGAGAAAACUCAGACGCUUCUCGACGAGCCACUCUUUCAGUCUCCCUUUCUGCUGCAGGAAUUAGAGAGAGAGGGCAGAAGUAGAGGAUGCACCAUAAGCCGGUGUUUACGCUGACUUAGGCGGUAGAAGUGAGUCUUCUUCGCUUUCAUGUUCGCACAAAUAGAGCUUCUUCUUUUCAUUGUAAUCAAAAGCCUAGUUUAUCCCAUGAUUCUUCGUGAAAAGCCACUUUUCAGAUAAUAGAUGAGAGUUCUCCACUGAACCUGAUUAUACGAGAAUGAAGGAAGGGUAGUUACGAAACCCACUACGCGGUAAAUCCAGAUCAGGUCACCAGUCGUUCUCCCCUCUUAAGUCGAGCCAAUCUACCUGGUCCUGGAAGUCUAGUUGUCGAGUUUCUUCCUUUUAGUGACUACGCUUGAAACUCCUAAGCGCUCCUUUUCUUUUGUCUCCUUAUCAGUCGACUUUCUUCGAACGGCCCCGUGGGAGUCGAGUUCUUCCCUCCUUUUGAGUAUAUUCCACGUUUUUGGUUCUACGUAGCUUAAUUAGUCCUCUCCUCUCAGUCGAGCACCGAAAGCUCCGAAGGAGGCUGAAUGAAUAUGAGUUACCAACGAUCCCCAUUAGACUAAUUGGAUCUGGUCUAAAAGGGUAGAAAACUCCUCGAAUAUGAAUUCAGCCCACUCCGCGGUUCUAGCUUAUCUUCCAUCGGUAGCAGAAGUGGUUUCAGGAGAGGAUCUGAGAUCCGUAGUAGCCUCAUCCGUACUUCGAGUAGGGAGCUUCCAAGGAAAAUAGAGAAAAUCUCAAAGGCUGUCUCACAAGUCAUUGAAUAAAGUCAAAGCUCCUUCUCCAACCCUACUUCAAGUCAGAACCUACUAAACCUACUUACCGAAAGCGAUUCUUCUUUCGUAUUUAUUUGCUUUUCAAUAAAGGAAGAUAGGCUUUCUUUCGUAUUUAUUUGAGGUUUAGUUUAGCCAACUUGUUAAGUAAGAAAAGUGCAGGUGCACAUAUGCUUAAGAUACGCCGGAUCGGUGUGUGACCUCUGUCCGAACGUCUUUCAUUUCGCAGUCGAGCCCUCUAUAAUUCUUUGCGCCUCCGUAGCUUAAUGCGAGCCCCUUUCGCUCCUCUCCUUUCAGUCGAGCCCCUUUCGCUCCUCUCCUUUCAGUCGAGCCCCUUUCGCUCCUCUCCUUUCAGUCGAGCCCCUUUCGCUCCUCGAUCAUUCUUUGAGCCUAUUUCUUUAUGGAAAAACCUGAAUUUGUCUCCAAAGGCACAAAGAACCCCAAAACUCAGACAAAGGCAAUUCCGUACCAAGAAGAUCAGCGAAGGCGCGAGGAAGACCUUUCGCUAAGCUUUUUACCGAGCCUACGGCAGAACCUAAAAUCAGUACGAAAGCCUAUCGUCGGAUCGAUCGAUCAAAAGGCUGUUCUCCCAGAGGCAGUGGCAGCUCUUGUUCAUUAAGUCGCGGAGUAUGCCUCAUGAGAGAUCGAUCAUGGUAAGGCCAAUCGCCUGUCUUCUUUCAUUCUCGUUAAUGAGCUCUCUUUUCUUGACUUUCUGAUCGUGAAUGAGUGGACUAGAGUUCGUAUAGGUCUGACUCUUUCUCUCUAUCUUCCUCACUCUUGAUUUAUGGAUGUUCAUUGAUCUUUCUUCUUAUGAGCUUCGCGGAGUGCAAAGAAAGAGCUCCUUCUCAGUCUUAACCUACUAAAAGGGCUUAAAGGAAGACGUAGGUAGAAGGUUGAGUGCUUUUCUAUUAUCGGAAGACGAAAGGAGCUCGACUUGCUGCGUGUCUUCUUUGCUUCUCCGUCAAAACCGUCCGAACCCUUGUUUAUCCACAGGUCUCAUUAGAUAAGGACACUCAAACGAGUCCAGAGGCUCGACUGAAAGGAGAGGAGGUCUCGACUGAAUCAAUGAAUAAAGUCAAAGAAUGAUCGAAGAAUUUGAGCUUUUCAUUCCACUCAUAAUUAAGCUACUGAGGCCCAAAGAAUUUGUGGAGAAGAAUUUGAGGCGGAUAGGUUUCUUUGUUUAUUUGGUUUAUCAAGUUCUUAUCUUCUCUUUCAUACAUCUCUAUCUUCUUUUCUGUCUUCGCAGACUAUUGAAAUAGUCUUUUCAAUCAUCAAAGACCUUGAUUCUUCUGACUCAACCACAAUUUCAUGAAGGUAGCUUGCUUACUCUCAGCCGCUAGUUAGAGGGAAAUCCGUUGACUGAGUUUAUGCCCUUAUGCAGUAAAGAAAGCAAGUGAGGCGGGCUAAGCUUCCAUUCUCAGUAGAGUUUCAGAUAGAGGAUUCGAUCUUGGACCUCUCGGGAUCCGGUUCGAGAAAAGGUCCGAUCCAUUAAUAUCAUGAUUGGGUCGACCAGGCCAGAUCGUCAGUGAAUAGAAAAUCGAAAACGUACAUAGCAGUCCCAGCUGAAAUACUUGGAAUAAUUCUACCACUUCUACUAGGAGUAGCCUUUUUAGUGCUAGCUGAACGUAAAGUAAUGGCUUUUGUGCAACGUCGAAAGGGUCCUGAUGUAGUGGGAUCGUUCGGAUUGUUACAACCUCUAGCAGAUGGUUUGAAAUUGAUGAUAAAAGAACCUCUUUCACCAAGUAGUGCUAAUUUCUCCCUUUUUAGAAUGGCUCCAGUGGCUACAUUUAUGUUAAGUCUGGUCGCUCGGGCCGUUGUACCUUUUGAUUAUGGUAUUGUAUUGUCAGAUCCGAACAUAGGGCUACUUUAUUUGUUUGCCAUAUCUUCGCUAGGUGUUUAUGGAAUUAUUAUAGCGGGUUGGUCUAGUAAUUAGGGGGCGGCCGUUCGGUCGCCUAUGAUACUAGGACCAAUAGGUCAAAAAUGGGUUUGUGCCGCAGGUGUUGAACGAUCUACUCUACACAGGUGUGGGCUUACAGGGCUAGGGCUCAGAAACCCUUUCUUUCAUUCAUCAAUAGGGCCCUGGCAAGGAACCUAAAAUAAGUACGAAAGCCUAGGCUCUUAGUCGCAAAUUCUUUGACUUUAUUCAUUGAUUCAGUCUCGUCUCAAUAUUCACUAAUUAAGCUACGUAGGACGAGUCAGAAAUCCUCUCAUUGAGGACCUUUGUUUUGGAGGGGUCCGCAAAUUCUUUGCUCCUUGCCUAGGUUAAUAUGGAUUUCUUUCCUUGCACUCCUUUUCAUUGAAUUUGAAGGAUAAGGACUUUCGCUUUCAUUCAACUCCUAACCGCUCCUUUGAUCCUUAUCAGAUGAAUAUGGAUUCAAGGUCCGUCCGUAGGUUAUGAAAUAACUCGUAAUUAAGCUAGCACGGACCGGUUCAAAGAAUUUUCAAGCGAAGUC